GUUAAAUCUGUUUGUCUGAUCUAGAACGGAAAAAAAAAACAUAUCAAACUUGAAAAAAUCUCCCCCCACUUUUCACGCGCUUUAUGUCAUCCUGUUCCCACCUCCAUCUCCAUCUCCUGCUUCCACUUCAACAGUCAAAGAGUCUCACUGCUUUUUUAUCUUUUCAGUUUCAUGCUCACUCAAUUCCCCCACACAUUCCUCCGUAUUUUUUCUGCAACUAUGGACACCAUUAAACCUCGAAGCACGCUCUCCAAGACCUUCCACAAAGUUCUUCCCUUCAAGAAAUCAACAAAAUCCCUCUCCAACAAUGGCUUCUGCCUGCUCUUACCUCACGACAACAAGUUCAAGAAUUCCGACCAUGGCAGCGACUCUCACAGGUAUUUCAACAAACACUCGGUGGACGACGCCCAUCUCCGUCACAGAGCUGCCAUGGAAGCUUUUGUUGCUAAGCUAUUCGCCACUAUUUCCUCCUUGAAAGCUGCGUACGCAGAGUUACAAGCUGCUCAGUUCCCUUACAACGGAGAAGCCGUACAAUGUGCGGAUCAGGGUGUGGUUGAUGAGCUCAAAGCCAUUUCCGACAUGAAACGGAGCUUCUUGAAGAAACAAAUCGACUCUUCACCUCCUCAUGUCACCCUACUUCUCUCGGAAAUCAAGGAGCAGCAAAGCCUCAUGAAGAUGUACGAAAUCACCAUGAAUAAAAUGGAAAGAGAGAUUAAAUCGAAAGAUUUUGAAAUCUCUUCACUCAAGAACAAACUCGUGGAAGCUGAUUCAAACAACAAAUCGAUCGAGAUCAAGCUGAAUUCCAGUGGGUGUUUCCCCAUCUUCGAUAACGUCAAUCUGUCCCAGUUAACCCCAACAAAUUUCAUCGAUGUUCUACACUAUACUCUUAGAUCGAUAAGAAACUUCGUGAAGCUAUUGGUUCGUGAUAUGGGAAACGCACAUUGGGAUAUCGACGCCGCUGUGAGAGCAAUCGCACCAAAUAUCGUUUUCCCCAAAUCGAGUUACAGAUGUUUCGCUUUCGAAUCGUAUGUUACUCGUGAGAUUUUCGAGGGUUUCAACGAUGAUGAUGAAGAAGAAGACCAUGUUCAGAUGUUUAAUCAGUUCAAGAAGAUGAAAUCAUUGUCAACGUCGCAAUUACUGAAAGAAAACCCUAGAUCGGCGUUUGGAAAGUUCACACGCUCCAAGUACAUGCGAUUAGUGCACCCGAAAAUGGAGGCUUCGUUAUACGGGAACCUCAGCCAACGGAAGACGUUGAACACGUGGCAGUUUCCGGAAACGGCGUUCUUCGGCUCGUUUUCUGAGAUGGCGAGGCGCGUGUGGGUUUUACGGUGUUUGGCGGCGGCGUUUGAGAAGCAGGUGAGUGUGUUUCAGGUGAGGAAAGGUAGUCGGUUUUCGGAGGUGUAUAUGGAAAGCGUGACUGAUGAGGCGUUUAGUGGUGGUGGUGGUGAGCUGCGUGUGGCGUUCACGGUGGUUCCGGGGUUUAAAAUUGGGGAUACGGUGGUGCAAAGUCAGGUUUAUGUUCCACCGGUGGCACGACGGUGAUUCCGGCGAAAGGUCGACGGAGGUUUAUGUGAAUGUACAGUUUGUAAGUGGUUAUACGUAGUAUUUUAUAUUAUUCUGUGUAAUGGUAAUUCAUUCAAUAAUCGUAAAAAUUUUAUUCGAAUUAA